UAAUAGAGAAUAUAUAGCGAUCAAGUGGUCCUGAUUGAUCGAAACAUGAAACAGUUUAUUAAAAGUACGGUGCUGUUUAUUCAUACAUUAUAUAGGCGUACAUAAUCUUAUUCUCUACAUAUGUUAGUGGGUACAGCAUAAAGCUUCUUUAUGCUAAAUAUGUAUCCUCUUUCUUUCUUCAGCAGUGAUUAGUACCGGAAGAACCUUCUUUUUCCAUCAAGUCUCAUUACUGCUGCACCCAAUUAUCUCCUCAAUCAUGCUAGCUAUAUACAUAUUCUCUUCUCUGCUCCUUCAAUCGCAACAACCAUAUUAGACAAACACCUCUCCUUUCUCCUCCCUAGUUUCAUCCACCAAGGCCGAGUCAUGGCUUUUCAAUCUUUCCGUUUAUCUUCUUUCAUGUUAUUUCUUUCGCUCCUUAACUGUGUCCAUUCCACAAGUAAUCAGCAGCCUCAAUAUUUUAACCUCAUGAAAAACUCUCUCUCAGGUGGCGCUUUGUCUUACUGGAAUGUCCAAGAAGGGAAGUCAUAUUGUAAUUACACUGGAAUCACCUGUAAUAUGCAAGGCCAAGUCACAAAGAUCAAUAUUUCUGGCUGGUCACUCAAAGGUUCAUUUCCAUCGAAUGUUUGCUCCUACCUGCCUGAGUUGCGUGUGCUGGAUAUCAGUAACAACUUUAUUCAAGGCCCUUUUCCAGACGGCAUCAUCAACUGCUCUCUCUUGGAAGUGCUCAAUAUGAGUUCCUUAUAUCUCAGCGGCAAACUGCCAAAUUUCUCUCGCAUGAGAUACCUUCGUGCCCUGGACUUAUCAUACAAUUUAUUCGAUGGAGAUUUCCCUAUGUCCAUCAUGAACCUCACCAAUCUUGAGAUGAUAAACUUCAACGAAAACAACAACCUUAACCGCUGGGAACUUCCAGAGAACAUCACACGACUGACCAGGCUUAGGUCACUGGUCUUGUCAACAUCCAAGCUUCAGGGUCUAAUCUUACCGUCCUUAGGAAACAUGUCUUCUCUUGUUGACCUUGAACUUAGUGGCAACUACCUUCAUGGACAGAUUCCACCCGAGCUAGGGAAGCUGAAGAAUUUGAAGUCGCUCAUGCUUUACUACAACGAGCUCACAGGUACCAUUCCAGAAGAGUUGGGUAAUCUAACAAAGCUGACAGAUCUGGAUAUGUCAGUUAACAAAUUGACAGGAAGAAUACCAGAUUCAAUAUGCCGCCUUCCCAAACUCCGGGGUUUACAGAUUUACAACAACAGCCUCACGGGAGAGAUUCCAACUUCCUUGGGGGACUCGAAGACUUUGAGCUUCCUAUCUAUCUACGACAACUUUCUGAUAGGGGAUGUUCCCAAAAACCUUGGGAAGUCGUCUGCUAUGACUCUGUUAGACUUGUCAGAGAAUCAACUGAGUGGUAAAUUGCCACCAGAAAUCUGCAGAGGAGGUAAACUCGUGUACUUUCUUGUACUAUCUAAUAAGUUUACUGGAGAAAUACCUGAAACUUAUGAAAAGUGCACAUCACUAGUACGUUUUCGUGUUAGCAAUAACCAGUUAAAGGGGUCAGUACCACAAAGACUUUUUGGUCUUCCCCAUGUGGCAGUUAUUGAUUUAGCUUUUAAUCAAUUGACUGGUCCUAUAAGCCCCUCGAUUGGGAAUGCCAAAAACCUAUCAGAAUUCUUUGCUCAGAGCAACCAAAUAUCAGGGGCUCUGCCUCCUGAAAUCUCUGGAGCUGUAAGUUUAGUAAAAAUAGAUUUAAGCAACAACCUUUUGUCUGGCCCUAUACCUACUGAAAUUGGUAACCUUAAGAAGCUAAAUCUCUUACUGCUACGAAGCAACAAGCUUAAUUCUUCCAUUCCAGAUUCACUAUCUGAGCUAAAAUCACUUAAUCUCCUUGACCUGUCAAACAACCAAUUGACAGGGAAGCUUCCUCGGAGCCUAUCUGAGAUAAUCCCCAAUUCUGUCAACUUCUCAAAUAAUCAUCUUUAUGGUCCCAUUCCUCUCUCCCUUAUCAAAGAGGGUCUAGAAGACAGCUUCUUAGGAAAUCCAGGGCUCUGUGUAACAACAUACACAGACACAUCAGAUAGAAGCUUCCAACUUUGUCAACAGGCUUGCACCCAGAAGAGAGUGAAUCUAAUGUGGGUAAUAGUGGCCUCGGUAAUUCUUUUCUUCGUUGGUGCUAUCUUGUUCUUUAAACGAUGGUUAAGAAAAGGAAAAUCAUUGAUAGGACAUGAUGAGACCAUGUCAUCAUCUUUCUGCUCAUAUGAUGUCAAAAGCUUCCAUCGAAUAAGCUUUAAUCAGCGUGAAAUCUUAGAUGCCAUGGUUGACGAGAACAUAGUUGGUCAUGGAGGAUCAGGAACAGUGUAUAGAAUUGGGCUAAGCAGUGGAGAAAUUGUGGCAGUAAAGAAGCUAUGGAGUCGGAAAACAAAGGACAAGGUGCCUGACGACCAGCUCUUUCCAGAUAAAGAGCUUGAGACAGAAGUUCAGACUCUGGGAAAUAUAAGGCACAAGAACAUCGUGAAGCUGUACUGCUAUUUGUCAAGUUUCGAUUGUAGCUUGCUGGUUUAUGAGUAUAUGCCUAAUGGAAACCUCUGGGAUGCCCUACACAAAGGGAAAAUUCAAUUGGAUUGGCCAACUCGCCACCAAAUUGCCUUAGGGGUUGCUCAAGGUUUAGCUUACCUGCAUCAUGAUCUGCUGCCAUCUAUUGUACACAGGGACAUCAAGUCAUCCAAUAUUCUCCUUGGUGUUGAUUUCCAGCCUAAGGUUGCAGACUUUGGUGUGGCUAAGGUCCUGCAAGCCAAGGGUGGAAAAGAUUCAAGCAACACAGUUAUUGCAGGCACUUAUGGGUACAUGGACCCUGAUUAUGCAAAUACAUCCAAGGCAACAACAAAGUGUGAUGUCUACAGCUUUGGAGUAGUGUUGAUGGAACUCGUCACAGGGAAGAAGCCAGUGGAGGCAGAGUUUGGUGAAAACAAGAAUAUCAUAAAUUGGGUUACCACAAAGGCAGAAACCAAGGAAGGAGCUAUGGAAGUCUUGGACAAACGUGUUUCAGGUUUGUUUAGGGAUGAUAUGCUUCAAGUAAUCUGCACAGCCAUUCGAUGUACAGCUAGGGCCCCAGCCCCACGCCCAACUAUGAAUGAUAUAGUGCAGUUCCUAGGUGAGAUAGACCCAUGCAGAUUCGAUUCUUGUAAAUCGACAUAUAAGACCAAAGACACAUUGAAUUCCACAAAAAUAAAUAAAACAUUUCAAUUAUGACCAUACAGUAAUUAAUAGACAUCUAAGGUGAAGCAAUAGAGCAUCUGUACAAAAAGCAUCGUCUCACCAAGUGCACUAGGAGACCCUUCAUGAGGAACAAUUUGGCCCCUUUUGUUUCUUUUAUGAAAAAAGUAGUAGGUAGAUUCUAUCUUUUCUUUUUUCCACCUUUCAUCCAAGAACCCUUGUAAGAUAUGAGGAAUGUAAUCAAUAUAACUGCUUUAUAACAAAGCAAGCAUCUGCAUUGCAUAACCAUAAAGGAAAAUUAAUUCUUAGCUUUUA